AUGUUUCCAACUAACAACUCUUCCACUUCACAACCUUCCACUUCCUCCAACACAUCAUUGCAAAAUAUAGAAGUCUUUCAAGGGAAGUCGGGUUUCAAAGAGGAGAUGCGGUUAGCUGCUACUACUCCAAAGAAGCGUGCAGGAAGGAAGAUAUUCAAGGAGACUCGGCACCCGGUGUUCAGGGGUGUGAGGAGGAGGAAUUUAGAUAAGUGGGUUUGUGAAAUGAGGGAGCCUAACAAGAAGACUAAAAUUUGGCUAGGAACUUUUCCAACUGCAGAGAUGGCUGCCCGAGCUCACGAUGUUGCUGCAAUGGCGUUGAGGGGCCGCCAUGCUUGUCUCAAUUUUACAGACUCGUUGUGGAGGCUCCCUAUUCCUGCAACUUCUAGUACAAAGGAUAUACAAAAGGCGGCUGCAGAAGCUGCCGAGGCUUUUAGACCGGACAAGAAUUUAAAGACUAGUGAUAUUGAAACAGUUGUAGCUGUUGUCCCCGGUGAGGAGUUGAUUAAUAUGUUUUGUGUUCAAGAGGAUGAAGAGGAAGUGUUGAACAUGCCAGAUUUAUGGAGGAAUAUGGUGUUAAUGUCUCCUACACAUAGCUUGGGAUAUGAUGAGUAUGAAUAUUUUGACCUAGACUUUCAAGAUGAUGAGAUAUCACUUUGGAACUUUGAAAUUUGA